AUGGAUAGUGGGAUCUACAACUUUGUUACCUUCAAUUGUAAGAAUGUGAAGCGCUCUGUAGAAGGGAUACGGGAAUUAUGUAAAAGAUCGGAUAUCAUAGCCCUGCAAGAAACGUGGUUAUUGCCGAGUGACCUAUCAUAUUUGUGCAGCAUAGAUUGCGAGUUUACAUCUACGGGAACGUCGGCGAUCGAUACAACGGAGGGAAUACUGCGCGGGCGACCGCACGGUGGUGUCGCGAUCCUCUGGCGGCACAGUGUAUUUUCCAAUGUUGUAGUAGUGCCAUGUGAUAAUCCCCGCAUAUGUGCGAUAAGAAUAAUGUUAAAAGGGCGGUCAAUCCUAGUGAUGAGUGUCUACAUGCCUACCGAUAUGUCUACAAACUUAGUGGAAUUUACGGACAUUCUCGGCUCGGUAAGUGCAAUCAUAGACAGUAAUAAUGUGGAUUGUGUUUAUAUUAUGGGCGAUUUCAAUGCUCAUCCCACAGAAUCAUUCUUUAAGGAAUUAUCUAUAUUUUGUGAGGAACAGGAAUGGACUUGUAUAGAUAUAGAAAUGUUGAAGGGUUCAUCGAACUGUUUUACGUUUGUGAGUGAAGCUCAUGGGUCGCAGCGGUGGCUAGAUCAUUGUAUAGUAUCGAAAGCGGCUGUGUCCUCUGUACGUAGAGUGCACAUACAAUAUGACAUACUCUGGUCAGACCAUUUUCCGCUGAUUCUUGAGUGUAAUUUAGACGUAGUUCCACCUAAGAUAGAAGAAGUAAAAUGUGAACGUAACAAUGUUUUGUGGGGUGACAGAGGCAUAGAACAAAUCGACUCAUAUUAUAAUGAGUGUCAUUCUCAUUUCAAACUUCUUAAGUUUCCAUCCGAGUUCCAUAACUGUGCCGAUCAGACUUGUAAUGUUAUACAACAUAGACAGGUCAUUGAUAAGUUGUAUAAUGAUAUAAUAAAUGUACUAAAGAGAGCGGCUGUAGCUAGUAGAAAUAACACACAUUGUAAGCGUAAGAAAAAGAAAAUUGUAAUAGGUUGGAAUAAACAUGUUAAUGAGGCACACAGGAAUGCCAGGCAGAAAUUUCAUGUUUGGUGUGAUUAUGGUAAACCUAGAGUUGGCUCCAUCUAUAAUGAUAUGUGUGAGGCUAGAAGAUACUUUAAGAAACGUCUAAAGUGGUGUCAAGACCACGAAGAACAAAUAAAGAUGGAUAUUCUAGCUUCACAUCAUUCUAAUAAUGACUUUCGGUCUUUUUGGAAGGCUACGAGGAAGCUUAGUACAAAGUCUGCCCUUCCUGUGUCUAUUGAAGGCGUAAGUAAUGCCGAGAACAUAGCUGAUCUUUUUAAGGAUCAUUUUACUGUUAAAUCCCCUUUGGGGCCAUCGCGUGCGGAGUUGAAUGUUGAGACUGGACGUGUGGUGGAAAUUAGAUGUACUGCUAGUGAAGUAGAUCGAAUUAUAAAAUCUAUGAGUGGAGGUAAAUCUCCAGGACACGACAGUCUCAGUAUUGAACAUCUAAAACAUGCUGGGCCACACUUGGCGAGACUGUUGGCAAUGCUCUUUAACUUUUGUAUAAGUCACUCGUACAUGCCGGAGGAGAUGAUUAGAACAGUGGUGAUACCUGUAGUUAAGAAUAAAAUUUCUGAUAUAACAGACAAAAAUAAUUAUAGGCCAAUCUCCUUAGCUACUGUUGUCUCAAAGGUGUUUGAUAGCAUGCUUAACUCUCGACUGACUCAGCAUAUAAAACUUCAUGACAACCAGUUUGGCUUUCAAACUGGACUGUCAACUGAAAGCGCUGUUCUUUGUGUUAAGCAUGCUAUUAGAUACUAUACAAAUCGAAAAACGCCAGUCCAUGCAUGCUUCCUCGACCUGUCGAGAGCUUUUGAUCUGGUUUCUUAUGACAUCUUGUGGAAAAAGCUCGAAAAUUUUCAAUUACCAUCAGAGCUCAUAAAUAUCUGCAAAUAUUGGUAUGGAAAUCAGCUCAACAGCGUGCGAUGGGCGGGGACUAUGUCGCAGUCAUACAGAUUGGAGUGUGGUGUGAGGCAAGGAGGGUUGUCUUCGCCGGUACUAUUUAAUCUGUAUAUUAAUGAUCUGAUUGUUGCUUUGAGUGGUACCCGUGUCGGCUGUCACAUAGACGGCAUUAAUGUUAAUAAUAUAAGUUAUGCUGAUGACAUGGUGCUGCUCAGCGCGUCGAUAUGUGGGCUUAAAAAACUCGUGGCUAUUUGCGAGUCAUAUGCUGCAUGCCACGGACUGAUAUACAAUGCUGUGAAAAGUGUGGUCAUGGUCUUUGAGAGCAGAGGCAAAAACUCAAUGGGCUUUCCAGAUAUUAAACUUAAGGGUAUAGCGCUGAAGAGGGUGUAUAAAUUUAAAUAUUUAGGACAUCAAUUGGCCUCGGAUCUCAAAGAUGAUGAUGACAUUGAACGGGAGCGGAGGGCGCUGGCGGUGAGGGCGAAUAUGAUAGCACGCAGGUUUGCGCGGUGCUCUAGACAAGUUAAAAUUACGUUAUUUAGAUCACAUUGCACAUCUUUCUAUGCAUGCAACCUGUGGGCUGUAUAUACUCAAAAAUCCUACAGCGACCUCCGUAUCCAAUAUAAUAACGCGUUCAGGGUGUUGAUGGGGCUGCCACGAUUCUGCAGCGCGUCAGGGAUGUUCGCUGAGCAUCGUGUAGAUUGUUUUUAUGCCACGAUGCGAAAAAGGUGUGCGUCUCUGGUGCGCAGAGUACGUGCCAGCACCAACAGCAUCCUGAGUAUGAUAGCAAGCAGGCUGGACUGUGUGUACGUUAAUCACUGCUGCGCAAUUUCCAAUGGAAUUGUGCAGCGGUGAUUAUCUGUAUACUACUUAAUAUAUUGUAUGUGUGUAUGUGUGUGUAUGUGUAUUGUGUAUGUAAAUUUACUAACAUUAGUUUUUAAGAAUAUUGUUACUAAUAAAUAUUUAAUGGACCAAAAAGUCUGAAAUA